GACAGAAUCCCAAGAUUAUUCUGGGUAGCCCAGCAAAUCACCAUUCGCGAACCACGAUGGAGGUAGCUCAGCACUUCAUCAAGGCAGAGAGCCUGACCAACGUCAAAACCGCCGGCGAAGGUCUCGAAUGUCUCGUUUAUAAAGCAAGCUCGCCAUUAUAUGGCCCAGUCGUUCUCAGGGUGCCUAGAGUCAAGAUCUACCAGAACGCCAAUGACCCAAACACCAAUGCAAGUGAUCUUAUCCAACAAGAGAUGAAGAUCUACAAGCUUCUUCAAAAUGAUUCAGUACCUGUACCCAAGGCAUAUAAGUACCUUGAAGAAGAUGGUUAUCCAGCGAUGUUGUGCGAGUACGUGGACGACGAUGGAACGGAGAUCACGUUUGAGGAGAUGGGACGUGUAGCGGCGAUGAUACACUCAUCGCCGUUGUCCGAUCCAGCAAUGAAGACAGUUGCGCUGGAGACAGCAGAUGUGUUCUCAACAAUCGAACAAAGACUUAAAAGGCGCUUCUCAGUGCUGUCGCAAACAGUCCCAGAGGCUUCCAGCUGGAUAGCGAACUGGGCACACAUUCACACCGUCCUCGAAGGUCUCAAACGAUUCCCUGCAAGUCUACUUCACAUGGACUUUCGCGACGUCAAUCUCCGCCAUAAAGAUGGACGAAUAAGCGCUGUGAUCGAUUGGACCAACGCCCUCGUCGGCCCAGCAGCCAUUGACCUCUUCCGCACGCUGGAGUUCAGUCAACUCGACGAAAGCUUCAUCAAAGGUUACAAUGAAGUGACUACCUGGCCAGAAGUUGCCUCAAAAGAGGAAUGCCUGCUAAGACUUGAUGCUGCGCUUGUGUUGGCGCUUGUGUUCACGUCAGAGGCGCCUGAUGCUGAGAGAGCCGAAGUUGCGGUGGCGAGGGUGAAAGAACUCUCAAAAAGCCUGGUGGAAGCUACGUCGCACGAUUGA